UAGCUCCAUGAACCUCAACACUGUUGAACCACUUACUGGUAUCAACUAUAAGAAAUGGAAACAGGAUCUAGAGAUCGUGCUGGGAGUCAUGGAUUGGGAUUUAGCACUCAGAACUGAAGAGCCUCCUAUGCCGACAGAUGGGAGCACAUCCAGCCAACGGUCCAAGUAUGAAAAAUGGAAAAAAUCAAACAGGAUUUCCCUGAUGAUUAUCAAGAGGAGUAUGACUGAUGUGGUUCGAGGUGGCUUCCCUGAUGCUACUAAUGCCAAGGAAUUUCUUGCAUCCAUCGAAGAAAAGUACAAGGAGUCUCCAAAAUCCGAGACAGGACUUCAUAACAAAGAGAACACCAAAUAAAGAUCAAGUCAAAGUCUCUG